AUGGAGAGGAUGCAGAAGUUGUUCGGCAACCCGGAGAAGCUCUCAGUCAAGGACAUGGCGGACAAGUACCACCUGACACAGAACGUGCCCUACUGGCAGACUGAUGAGGCGCAUGCCUGGAUGCAGAGCAUGCGGGACAAGCCGGAGGCGCAAGAGGAGCUGCCGGUCAUUGAGGGGGCGUUGGAGGGCGUGAAGGCGCUGCAGGAGGAUGGAGUUGCACUGCUCGGCUACCUCACUGUCCGCCCGCAGUCUGUCGUCUCCUCCACGAGGAAGUGGCUCCUGGCCCAGGGAUUUCCUGACCUGCCGAUUGUUGCCAAACCAGAUGAUGUUUCUUUUAGCAACGGUAACAAAUGGAAGGGAGAAGCUCUUCGAUUUCUUUACCCUGAGGUGUGGGGGAUCGUCGACGACAACCCCAAGGUGCCCUUGGAGGCAGGAAGCAGCUACGAGGGGACCGUCUUCUUGUUUGCACAUGACGCUUGCAAGGAAGGAUAUGAACAUGCGAUCCCGUGCAAGACAUGGAAGGAGGUAGUGGAGGAAGUGAAGAAGAGGAGAAAGUAG